CGAUUCCGCAUCAAUGUAGCAAUAUUUUGACUCACUUUUCUCGCAACAACAAUUUUACGACUCAACAACCCCGCAGGCUCGUUGCGAUGGAAUUUCCGCUGGGUGACUUUGCAGACAGCGAUGAGGAGAACAGUGGGCCGAGCGCGAGGGAACUGCGCAUUGAUCGCGCAUUCCAGCAGAGCAAGGAGAGUUACAAAAACGAACUGGUUUCUCUCAAUCAUUCAUGGUUCGAUUGCAAGCUAGAAGAUGUCCCUAUUCUUCCUGCCACGCAGCUCUUGGGGUUUCACAGCCUAGAUGCAUCCGCCCAUGCAGCCUAUCUCAAAAAGGAUUACCAUCUCGCUCUUUCAUGGUGCCUUGCCUACUUGGACGGUGUAAGAGGUGGUAAUAUUAUUGUCUCAGGCAACAGCUCUGCCCGGGAAAAGGAACUCUUUGACAUUGCCAUAAGGAGCGCCAUCCGAUCUGGCUCCAAGGACCAAGCUUAUCAUCUCGCUUCACGGGCCUUGUCUCAUCCCACGCUUUCUGCUUCCAUUGCAGAGGCAUUCAUCUUCUCGGGUCAUCCUAGAGACGCUGUCUCUUCAUUGCUCAAGUCAUCCUCCGCAAGAAGCCGUGGCCACCCUUUCGUCAAAUUACUCUCCCAAGCUUUCCUUGCAUGGGAAAAACAAAUAUCUAAAUCGGAUGAACAUCUCAAGGCGUCCCUCCAUACAUUGCAUGGACUCCUGGAAGGUUCCGUUCGGCGAACAGCUUAUUUCUCUAAACAUUUAUUCCCCGGAGACGAGCCAUCAUCUAAACCAGAUCUCAACAAUCAGCCAAAGCCUUCUAAAAUAGAAGCGGAAACACUACAACAAUUGUGCACAACUGCCGGCUUAGACGAUUGCGAAUCGCGUCGGCUGGUGCAUUUGCUCACCAGUAGCGAAUCAAACGUUUCUCAAACCAACAGCGACGACAGAUCAGUUAGGACGCUGUAGUAUUCCAUAAGGCGACAUUGCCCGCCAGACUUUCCAGAGCGAAAAUGGGUGGCAACAUAUACAAAAAUGAUGCCCGCACCCCUAAAACCAUUACACAAUCCCCAAACGUUCAAAAAGUAACCGAAGUGGAGUAGAAUCCCCAGGGGAUGCGGGUUGGCAGUAUCUGAUUUGAGGAUCUUCUCCAUGUGCAGGCUCCAUCAUUAG